ACGUGGUUCAGUGACAUUUUGUAUUGUAAUCUGAGAAAUUUCAUGUGUUUUUAUUUGUGAGAACACCUAUAAAAUUACUCGAAAAAGAAAACUAUAUUAUAGGCGCGUGCCUUCGUGAUAAUAUUUUAUAGGCAAUAAAAAUAAUUAGCAAUGACAGACGAAUCAAUUGGCGAAGGAACAUUCGAAUUUGUCGAAAAGAGAGUUGACGAAGUUUCAAUUUCCGGAGAGACUGUAAAAACUGAUUCCCUGAGCAGUUUAUCAUCAGCUGCGAGUUUAUUAACGCCUCUUGGUGUUUCAACGUCGACAGGAAGUCUUCUGUCGAGUAUUGGACCUCCCAGUCUUUUGCCAAGUUUUAUAACAAAUUCAUCGUCACAAAUUGCGUCAACGCCCGUUUCUGCAAAGCCUGAUAAUUCAAAUAAUGUUAAUCCAAGUAAUGUGGAUAAUUUAGAGGAGGAGAAUGAGAAAAAAAAUCAAAUACAGCAGGAUAUUCGAAAUCAACCUUCAACUUCGUCAUCGGAUCAACAAGCAACAGUGAAUGUUUCACUUACUGAAAAUCAAGCCGUUGUUCUUGGUGCCGGUUUAUUCUCUUGGGUAAAGGAAACUGUAGCGAAUAGCAAUGUCCUGAGCAAAGUCGCUGAAAAAGCAAAAAAUAGUGUUAAUUCUAUGAUCACAACUUUAGAUCCACAAAUGCGAGAAUUCAUCUAUUCUGGUGGUGAUGUAGAUAUAUUCGUGGCAUCGGACAAAGAAGUGAAAGUCAGUUCUAUUCGUGAGGCUUUUCAAACUGUUUUUGGAAAAGCAACAGUAACAGGAAUACCAGUGAGUGUGACAACAGUUGCAUCCCAACCAAUUGGCUUUAAUGCUGCGUUAAAAAGUGCCGAGGAAAGGAUAAGUUUGACACGACAAAAUCCAACAGUGACUCAGGAUGCUCCAGUUGUGGCUGUUGAGAAUUUCUUAUUAAAAGUCGACGAGAAUAAAUGGUACGAUCUUGGCGUAAUACUUCUGGAUGAUCCAAAAAAUAACGUUAGUUUACAAACUUUUACACAAAUGACACCAGUGCCAAGUCAAAUUGUGACAAUGGCCGAGCAAGCGACACCGGAGGAUUAUCCACACAAAGAAACGGGAUUAGCAAUGACAGUUGGUAAUUUAUUAGCCAACAAUUUACAGGUUUCACACAAUGAAUGGCAUCACGCCUUAACUGGAGUCUCGAGAAAAGACGUAAUUCUACUGGCGGCAAAAUCACUUGCCGGAAUUUAUAAAAACACCAUAAAUCCUGUAUAAUUUACUAUCGAAGUUAAUUAAGUUAUCAAAGUUCGAUUUGACACUAUGUAUAAUCGUUUAAUUGUAAAUAUUUAAAUUUCAAAAUCAGAACAAAGAGAACUUAUUUAAAAGAAAAAAAAAUAUGUGCACAACAUGCACAAGUUUUUUUAAUCAAAAAAACACAAAAUACCAGUUGAUCUGUAUAAUUUUAUGCAAAAAGAGAGAAAAGAAAAAAAAACUAACUCCAUACAAUAUUUAUAUUGUAAACAAUAUCAAUAAACUCUUUAUAAGUACAUUUCCGCAUCAAAUUUUUUCUUUUAUGAUUUUUUAAUCUUAAAAUUUUCCAUUCAAAAAAUAUUUUCAUUUCCAAGUAAACCAACAUUUUAUAAAAUCAGUAUAAGGGAUGAUAUUGAAGAAAAACACUUUCUAUUUUUUUUUAAAGUUUUGUUAUUUCAUAGUCGUUUCAUUGUACGAGUACAUUGUUCUUUUCGCAACCAAUUUCAUUAUAGAUUGCAUUUUGCUAUUGGAUGUUUUUUUCAGUCAAUUGAAAAUUUACCGACAGUGCAAUAACAUAAACAACAAAAAUACACUUAAAAAGAA